CUCCCCGGCCCCCGCCUCCGGAGCACUUGGCCCCCUGCAUUUGGGGACAGGGGCGGGCGCAGCGUCCCGAGGCGGAGGAGGAAGCGAGGCCCGCGGGAGGCGGCGGCGCGGCGGAGCGCGGGGAGGGGACCCCGCGCCAGCCCGUCUGGCCGUCGCCCGGCCGCCCCGCCCCCGCGCACGCUCCCUCGCGGGCGGCCGCUGUCGGACGGGGAAGGCGAGGGCGGCCCUGGGGGACGGCGCCGCGGGGCCGGUCCCGGGCUCAGCCGCGCGUCUGCUCGCUCUCGUCCGCCGCUCUCGCAGCCGGGGCGCAGCCCGGACCGAGAAUGGCUUCGACCCCGACCUGCACCAGGUUCACGGACGAGUAUCAGCUCUUCGAGGAGCUCGGCAAGGGGGCAUUCUCAGUGGUGAGAAGAUGUAUGAAAAUCCCUACUGGACAAGAAUAUGCUGCCAAAAUUAUCAACACCAAAAAGCUUUCUGCUAGGGAUCAUCAGAAACUGGAAAGGGAAGCUAGAAUCUGCCGUCUUUUGAAGCACCCUAAUAUUGUGCGACUUCAUGACAGCAUAUCAGAAGAGGGCUUUCAUUACUUGGUGUUUGAUUUAGUUACUGGCGGGGAACUGUUUGAAGACAUCGUGGCAAGAGAGUAUUACAGCGAAGCGGAUGCCAGUCAUUGCAUUCAGCAGAUCCUGGAGGCCGUGCUCCACUGCCAUCAGAUGGGCGUGGUCCAUCGCGACCUGAAGCCUGAGAAUUUGCUUUUAGCUAGCAAAUCCAAGGGAGCCGCUGUGAAACUGGCAGACUUUGGCUUAGCCAUAGAAGUUCAAGGAGACCAGCAGGCGUGGUUCGGUUUCGCUGGUACACCCGGAUACCUUUCCCCAGAAGUUUUACGUAAAGAUCCUUAUGGAAAGCCAGUGGAUAUGUGGGCGUGUGGUGUCAUUCUCUAUAUCCUCCUGGUGGGGUACCCGCCUUUCUGGGAUGAAGACCAGCACAGACUCUACCAGCAGAUCAAGGCUGGAGCUUAUGAUUUUCCAUCACCAGAAUGGGACACAGUGACUCCUGAAGCCAAAGACCUCAUCAAUAAAAUGCUGACUAUCAACCCUGCCAAACGCAUCACAGCCUCAGAGGCGCUCAAACACCCAUGGAUCUGUCAACGCUCCACUGUUGCUUCCAUGAUGCACAGGCAGGAGACCGUGGACUGCUUGAAGAAAUUCAACGCUAGGAGAAAACUGAAGGGCGCCAUCUUGACAACCAUGCUGGCCACGAGGAACUUUUCAGCAGCCAAGAGUUUGUUGAAGAAACCAGAUGGAGUGAAGAUAAACAACAAAGCCAACGUGGUAACCAGCCCCAAAGAAAAUAUCCCUACCCCGGCGCUGGAGCCCCAAACUACUGUAAUCCACAACCCUGAUGGAAACAAGGAGUCAACUGAAAGUUCAAAUACAACAAUUGAGGAUGAAGAUGUGAAAGCACGAAAGCAGGAGAUUAUCAAAGUCACUGAACAACUGAUAGAAGCCAUCAACAAUGGGGACUUUGAAGCUUACACAAAAAUCUGUGACCCAGGCCUUACUGCUUUUGAACCUGAAGCUUUGGGUAAUUUAGUGGAAGGGAUGGACUUUCACCGAUUCUACUUUGAAAAUGCGUUGUCCAAAAGCAACAAGCCGAUCCACACCAUCAUCCUGAACCCGCACGUGCACCUGGUGGGGGAGGACGCGGCCUGCAUCGCCUACAUCCGGCUCACGCAGUACAUGGACGGCGGCGGCAUGCCCAAGACCAUGCAGUCCGAGGAGACCCGCGUGUGGCACCGCCGCGACGGCAAGUGGCAGAACGUCCACUUCCACCGCUCGGGGUCACCGACUGUGCCCAUCAGGCCACCCUGUAUUCCAAAUGGGAAAGACAACGUCUCGGGAGGCCCCUCUUUGUGGCAAAACAUCUAAGGCCUGAAAACCAUUCCCAUGUGGUCUUCUAAAUAUCCACAGUGCCACUUCUGCAUUCUCUGUUCCCGAGGCACCUGGAAGGUGAUCCUGGGCCGUCCUCUCCUCCUCUUCAUGCAUGUUUCUGAGUGCAUGAAGUUGUGAAGGUCCUCAUGUCACGCGUAUGUGAUACGUCACCUUAUCCUGUUCCUUCCUAUACGUUGUUUACACUUCAGCUCCGGGGAUGCUCCAUGCAAACUUAAAUCGCUGUUGGCGGACAAUAGGGGGAGGUCAGACGAAAAAUUCCACAAUAUUCCAAGUACAACUAUUCACCAAGUUUCUCUGUUUAUGCCAAGACUUAACAGACUUAACAAUCAUUGUUUUCUGAAUGACAGUUUGUAAGAGAAAUGUAAAUUUUUUUAGAACUCUUUGCUGUUAAUCUGUUUUGGUUUGGGUUUUUUUUUUUUUUUUUUUUUUAAACGCAAAAAAUAUAUACCUUCAGUUUCCUGGUGUGAUCCUGGUU